AGCUUGGUUCCGGCGCGGAUGGCGGCCGCAGCCCGGGUCCCGAGCUGAAACCUGCCUCCACCGGUUCGUCAUGGUCCCUGGAGUGCUUGUGAUCGCCCGGCGCCACGGCACAGCACACCACAUCCCUGCCGCCGUCACCGGGCUCCAGUCCACUGCUCACUGGAGCCUGCAACGCCGUCGCGGGAACCACGCCGCUGCACCCACGCCAGACGCGAUGGAGUCGGCGCACCUCACCACCGCCCACGAGCACGUCCGCAACGCCCAGACGGCCACGCUGAGCAGCAGCAUCGCGACCGCCGGCGACGAGCACGACCACGCCGCCGCCUUCUUCCGCGACGCCGCCCAGGACACCCACAACGCCGAGGCCCUGCGCAUCCUCAGCCUGCUCGAGGACCACCACCGCAAGCUCGCCGCCCUGAUCAAGGAGGCCCCGCGCAAGACCGCCCGCAAGACCACCGCCAGCAGCACCGCCAAACUCGCCGACAGCGCCACGGCCGCCUCCACGGCCAAGGCUGCCGCCGCGCGCACCAGCUCGCCGUCCCCGCGAACCCACCGCCGUCUCCCGCAGCCGUCCAUCGCCAGCAACCUCGCCGAGAAGCGCGGCAUCCCGAGCGCCCGACGGACCACCAGCGGCAACGUCGUCACAGUCGCCGGCGCCAACGCCCCGCGCGAUGGCCAGGCCACGCCCGUCCGAGACCUGCUGGAGCGCCAGGCCCGCAAGGCCGACCUGAGCCGCUCGCGAGAACUCGCGAAGCAACAAGAGGCCCCGCCGCCCUCGUCGCCGCCGCCCGAGGACAACUUCCGCCGCUUCUACUCUGCUUUCGGGGGCGUCAUCUCCGCCAUCUCGGCGCCCCUGGCAUUCACCUCGCUCCCGCUGAACCCCGUUCCUCCCACGCCCGCCCCGCCUCCAGCAGCCGAGAAGGCGUCGCGAGCAAAGUCGCGCAACUCGUCGCCAGAAGCCUCGCGUACCGUCAAGUCCUCCGUACCUGAUCUCGCCGCUCUGAUCAGCAAGCCCGCUCUGCGCGCCCUCCGCAGCGAUGGCGGCACUCCGCUCAACCCCAACGAGUCCUUCUACCUCGUCCCCACAUCCGGCGGCACCGUCACCUACGCGAGCAUGCUCCAAGGCUCCGCCAGCCAGCCCCACCACCUGAACCCCAUCGACGAAGGUUCCGGCUCGCUGAAAGGCAGCCAAGACGAAUUCGUCGACGCCCAAGAAAGCGUCGGCCCGCCCUCGCCCACCACCGCGCGCCGCCCCCGCUCGCGCAGCUCCACCGGCCAAGUCACCGCCCAGCGCACCAUCGCCGCCGGCCGCGGCGCCGGCCUCAAGACCCUCGAGGAACUCGCCCUCGAAAACGAAACCCUCAAGUCCCUCGUCGACAACCAGGCAAAGCGCAUCCAGAUGUGGGAAACAAACUCGCAGAACCAGUUCACCGCCCUCGCCCAGUCGUUCCGCACAAGGCCCCAGCGCGACCCAAACGCCCCCGCCCACGCCCACGGCCCAAACACCUUGCCUGCCCCGCUCUCGCCCCCGAUCCAAAACACCCUGUUCCAGCCCCCGCUGUCCCCGGACUCCCCCUCCCCCUCCUCGGCCCCAAGCUCCCGCAUCGCCGAGCUCGAGGCCCAGCUCGCCGCCCAGUCGCUCCGCCUCGCGGAUCUGGGCUCCACAAACGCCCAGCUCGCCCGCCAGACGGAGCGGGAUAGGCAGGUCAUUGGGCGCUACCGCGACCAGUGGGAGAAGCUGAAGGCCGGCGCCCGCAAGAAGGAGGUUGAGCGCCGGGAGAGGCGCGUGAACGAGGUCAGGGCCGGUGAGGCCGCCAAGGACAGUGAGAGUGGAGAUGCGGGAGGCGAGGGGGAGGAGGGUGCCGACGAGGUCGAGGCUGAUUUUGGCAAGGCAUAGGGCGUGGGAGAGGGGGGGUGUUUGCGUCUCACGGCGGGGAGCUGGAGUGUGUACAGCUGUCAGAGUGCAUACGUGCUAGAGAUGCAACAAGUCGUUCAACUUCCAGCACCGCAUCCGACUUGUCGACUUUCACAAACAUGUCUAUACACGCU